UCACUUUAUUUCCCAUUGACAGAAUCUCGUUUCGUGCCCCGUUGUGGCGGCGGCGUUUGUUGACGUGAGGAGGACCUGAGGAGGCGAGGCGGCGUGAGUGAGACGCGGCGAGGCAAAAACUCCUCUUCACCAUGUCCAUAGAAAUUGAGUCCGCGGAUGUGAUCCGUCUGAUCCAGCAAUACCUUAAGGAAAACAACUUGGGGCGGACCCUCCGAGCGCUGCAGGAGGAGACGUCCAUCACCCUCAACACGGUGGACUCGGUGGAGAGCUUCAUGGCGGACAUCAACCAGGGUCACUGGGACACCGUCUUGAAGGCCAUCCAGACACUGAAGCUGCCCGACAAGAAGCUGAUUGAUCUGUACGAGCAGGUUGUGCUCGAACUGAUUGAGCUGCGAGAGCUUGGUGCAGCAAAGUCUGUCCUCCGCAACACCGACCCACUCAUCAUGUUGAAGCAAACCAUGCCAGAACGGUAUGUUCACCUGGAGAAUCUCAUCGCCCGCUCCUACUUUGACCCCCGCGAGGCAUACCCAGAGGGCGUAACCAAGGAGCGGAGGCGGGCGGCCAUCGCUGCAGCACUGGCGGGAGAGGUGUCGGUGGUGCCGCCCUCCCGUCUGCUGGCACUGCUGGGGCAGGCGCUCAAGUGGCAGCAACACCAGGGACUCCUGCCACCUGGCACACAGAUUGAUUUGUUCCGAGGUAAGGCGGCCAUGAGGGAGCAGGAGGAUGAGAAGGUGCCCACCCAGCAGGCUCGCUUCAUCCGCUUCCCGCAGAAGGCCCACGUGGAGAGUGCACACUUCAGCCCCGACGGACAGUACCUCGUCACCGGCAGCUUCGACGGCAUCAUUGAAGUGUGGAAUUUCACGACAGGCAAGAUUCGUAAGGAUUUGAAGUACCAGGAGAAGGACUCGUACAUGAUGAUGGAGACGGCCGUGCUGAGUCUGGCCUUCAGCCGUGACUCGGAGAUGCUGUCCAGCGGCUCACAGGGCGGACAAGUCAAGGUGUGGCGGGUGAACACAGGCCAGUGUCUGCGCAAGGUGGAGCGGGCACACUCUGAGGGCGUCACGUCCCUCGCCUUCAACAAGGACAACAGCCAGGUCAUGUCCACCUCCUUUGACAACACGCUGAGAAUACAUGGCCUCAAGUCCGGUAAGACCCUCAAGGAGUUCCGGGGCCACUCAUCCUUUGUCAACCAGGCCACCUUCACCCAGGACGGACACAACAUCAUCAGCGCUUCAUCUGACGGCACGGUGAAGGUUUGGUCCGUCAAGACAACAGAGUGCAUCGCCACCUUCAAGUCCCUGGCCGGCGUGACCUCAGUGGACCUCCCUGUGUACUCGGUCCACAUCCUCCCCAAGAACCCGGACCACAUCGUCGUGUGCAAUCGCUCCAACACGGUCACCAUCAUGAACAUGCAGGGCCAGACGGUGCGCUCCCUGUCUUCGGGUAAGCGCGAGGGUGGUGACUUUGUGUCGUGUGUGGUGUCGCCGAGGGGGGAGUGGAUCUUCUGCGUCGGCGAGGACCACGUGCUGUACUGUUUCUCCACCUCCACUGGCAAGCUGGAGAGGACCCUAAACGUCCAUGAACAAUCUGUGAUCGGCAUGUGUCACCACCCCCACCAGAACCUGCUGGCCACAUACAGUGAGGAAGGCCUCCUCAAGCUGUGGAAACCCUAGACUUAAGGACUGAUUAGGUGAGGUGAGGGUAGCCUUGAGUGUUGGGGGGGUGGGGGGGGUGGAGGCAGUGAGUCACCUUCGUCACUGUUGAAGGGUCUGCUCCUUGUGUUAGGUGAAGUCUUUGAGGUUUAGGUCUAAGUGGUAGAUAAUGUAUUACUUUUAGGUUAUGUUUUGCAGAACAGAUUAAUUAUAUAUUUAAGGUUAAUAGUACAAACCAUGUAUUCAUUGCUGCCUUUCACUGGCAGAGAAUUAGUAGAUCCAACUCCAUUUUGGUUGAAAGUGCAAUCAGUGUACACUGUCAUAUGUGCUGCAUGAGGCACCCACUUCCUGUUCUGUGGGCUCAGCAAGUUUAACUCGAGCAUAAAGUUUCUCUGGUGAAGAUUAAGGCAGAAACCUUCAUUUUAAUGUCUGUGACCCGUGCAUUCUUACAUUCUUAGGUUAGUAAGUAAUUCAGAUUCUUAAAUAAAAUUUAUUGUACAGGGAGAAUGAAGUUUUGAUAUGACGGUUUG